AUACUGAUGAAUACAGACCACCUGUUUGGAAAUCUUACUUGUAUCAGUUGCAACAGGAAGCUCCCCAUCCUAGAAGGAUAACCUGCACUCGUGAGGUAGAGAACAGACCUAAAUAUUAUGGAAGAGAAUUCCAUGGGAUGAUCUCAAGGGAGGAAGCUGACCAAUUAUUAAGUGUUGCAGAGGGAAGCUAUCUCAUUCGUGAAAGCCAACGGCAACCUGGAACCUACACUUUGGCAUUAAGAUUUGGAAGUCAAACCAGAAACUUCAGACUCUACUACGAUGGAAAGCACUUUGUUGGGGAGAAACGUUUUGAGUCCAUCCAUGACCUGGUGACAGAUGGAUUGAUUACUCUUUAUAUUGAAACGAAGGCAGCUGAAUACAUUGCCAAGAUGACAAUAAAUCCAAUUUAUGAACACGUAGGAUAUACAACUUUAAACAGAGAGCCAGCACACAAAAAACAUAUGCCAACCCUGAGAGAUGAACAUGAUGGCCAGGAGUCUACAGGAGAGGAUGAGGUAGCAGGAAAGAGG